GUUAAAUCCAGGUGGUGACUUUUUUUCUGGCCAGGCAGUGUAUUUAUCAACUAGAGGGGUAUAAGUGGGAAUCUCAGGAAAUUGAAAGACUUGUGUAUAAACUGCAAAAAUCUCUGUACGGACUUAAUACUCUGAUGCUUGUGUUACAUUAGCAGUUGGUGAAAAGGUUUCACAACAAUUGUUAACAGCAUUUUAAUGUCAUAAGUAUUAUUAGAGUUGUAGUCCUGUUAUUUAUUCAUUAGUGCAGAGCCUUAAUAAUUAUACAAGUGAUAAAAUGUAGCAGGUCUUAGGUACUUACUAUGCAGAACAUUACUGCUUUUUUUAAUCAAUAUUCUUUUUGUACUGUAAAACAAGCUGGCAUUAGUUCAAUAGGUCAUCUACACUGUAAAACAUUUUAGCAGCAUUUAGUUGUGUCUACUAUCUUCUAUUCUUUAAGUAAAAUAAAAUUAGCAAGUUUUAGAUUUUGAACCAAAUGUGAGUUUGUCAAAGAUGCAUUUACAGUAGCAAGUUGUUAACUUUUUUUAAAAUUAAUUUUGUCAAACCUUUAAGAGUUGAAUAGACUAGAGUUUUUAGAAGAAAAAGAAGAAAAACUAAAAGAAAAAAAUGGUAGUUGGGAACUACACUUCAGAGUGUGCUUAGCAGCAUGUUUUUGUAUCCUGUGUUGCACAAUGAGUGAGAUGGAAGUGAUCUAACCUGUGUGUUAUUAAGGCAAAUGAGUUGUGGCCGCAAGGUUGUCGGUGCCCAUCAUAGCAGCAACCCUCAAACCCGUUGGUGGACACCAUUGUUGAGGGAUGCUGUCAGGCUGAAGAACUAGUCCUAUCGGGCCUUUUUGGCCUGUGGGACCCCUGCUUCUGGGGCACACAUUUCAGCAGGUUCGGGAGGGCAGUGCUCGUUAUAGCACUGCCCUCCCGAACAACUAUAGAUUGUUAGUCUCAAGUCUGUCAGGUACCUUUUCUAGCACCUCAUUUAAAGGAUUUUAAAUCAUGCCCAGAUUGUUUGCAGUUGUAUGUUAGACAUGGCUCAGAUCACAUUCAGUGAUAAGGAUAUGUUUCCUUAUGGAAACAUAUUGUGGUUUAUGUUUUGUGUUUUUCUUCUGUAGGCAUUCACUAAUGGCUACCUGUGAAGACUCUCAUCUGAAGUUCAUAGAAACAACUAACAAUUCUUUUUACUUUGAAGAGACCAGUUCUACUUCAUGUGAAACAGAGCUUCAUUCAGAUGCUUUCAGGAGAUGUGAGCCUCCAAUAUCAACGUGGAUCCAAAGCAAGGACCAAAAGUUUCUUGUUUUGAAAACUUCGGGAAAAUUUGAAUUCGAGGACAGAACAGUCCAUGAUCGAGGACAGCCUGAUUGCACUUUUGGAAUCCAGAUUUAUCAGGACUCACUACUUAACAACUACCAGUCAGUCAUGCUCUACGUCUGUGCUGAUGAUGAGAAAAUGAUGAUAUCCUGCAAAGAUAACAAGGAAGUGUGCCCAGAGCCUAUGGAUCCUGAAGUCCCGAAGAUGAUUAAAGCAGCGGCACACAAGGCUCUGUUCAGGUGGAACUGUAUCUCCACUGGCAAAUACAAGUUUGAAUCCACCAUGUACCCAGGUUACUUCCUGGGAUUCGAGCGUGAGGAGGACAUGCCUUGCAUGCAUAAACUAAUUCUGCGUCAGGGAUCCAUGGAUGAAGUGGAUGAGCGUAGCAUUUUCUGUGUAAAUAAACGCAAUUCAUAAUUAUUUCUCUUGGGAAAAUACAACAUUCACUAGCCACUUUAUUAAAUGGAUAGUGAGUUUCUUUAUUUCUUCUGCUACUAUUAACAUUAUUUGUAGAUUAUUAUGUUGCUGCCAUUGCUAUGACCAUUAGUUGUUUAUUUGAUUUGUUUGUUAUAUAACUAAGUUUAUGUAUGUAUAUUAUUUAGUAUACAUAAGAAAGAAGUUAGUAAUUAUUCUGAUGUUGUAUGUCUGGUUGUUAUUUAUAAUUGUAAUUAUUAUUAUUAUGAAUUAGCAAAUAUGCUUAUUCUCUUAUGAGUCAUUUUGUAAUAAUUUUGUUUUUAUGUACUAUAAUCCAUUUGUUGGUUCUUUUGAAUAGGAAUAUGAAUACCAUGUUUUAAAUGACUCAUUACCGAUAAUUACUAAGUCUAUAAGUGAUAUAUUUAGAUUGAGAUGAAGGCCAGGAUUAAAUAAAUGUUUGCUAUUUUGUUCUUGGUUUUGUAUGCUUAUGUUUUCUCUUGUUCUACUGAUGAUUUGUUUUCUAAAACCUGUUUGAAACAUACAUAAUGUACCUGUUUGUACAUAAGUACAAAUAAAAUCCGAUUGUAGCUUUUGA